CUUGAGGGCUUAGCUUGAGUUCAUACAAAACUCCAGGGUUAUCUACACAAAUUUAACCCCCUCCCCCAACGCUCCCCAACCUUCCUUACCGGCAGCUUCUACCAGCUGGGUGCUCUCUGACAUACUUUCCGCUAGCCACUACUCUUUUUGCUCCGAUCUCUUCAUCAAACAAAUUUGGAGAUUUCUUCGUGUUUUCAGCUUCUCUAUCGCUUCAUUUUGUAUGAAACUUCCAUAUAUCCGGCGCGACAGUUAUCACUCUUCUGGUGUCGGUGAUGCUUUAAUCCGGCGGUGUGGUUGUCCCUGAAAGUCUAAUUCUGCAGUUUCCCAUUUGAAGGUUGAAAGAUUUGGAUUCAAGAUCAUCAUCAAUUCCAAUUCCAAUUCCAAUGAACAAAUACGGAUUCGAGGGUAUAAGUACAACCCGUCCAACUCACCCAAUUCCCACCUCAAAAUCCUUCAAAAACGGAAUCAGAAAAGGAUCAGAAAGCCUGAAAUCCAUAGGUAGAUCACUAGGGUUUGGCGUUUCACGUGCUGUGUUCCCCGAAGACCUCAAAGCCUCUGAAAACAAAAUCCUAGACCCUCAAGAUACAUUCCUACUCACAUGGAACAAAUACUUUGUUGCCUCAUGUAUUCUCGCAGUUUCCAUAGACCCACUUUUCUUCUAUCUUCCGGUUUUCGAUGAAUCAAAAACAUGCCUUGGGAUUGAUAACAACUUGGCUAUUAUCGCUACAACUUUGAGAACUGUUGUGGAUGCGUUUUAUAUUAUUCAUAUGGCCCUUCAAUUCCGCACUGCUUACAUUGCCCCUUCAUCUAGGGUUUUUGGACGCGGUGAACUUGUGAUUGAUCCCGGCCAAAUUGCUAAGAGAUAUAUGAGGUGGUAUUUUAUAAUCGAUUUCCUUGCGGUUGUUCCCUUGCCUCAGAUUGUUGUGUGGAGAUAUCUACAUACAUCAAGAGGUUCGGACUUAUUAACUACAAAACAAGCUUUGCUUAUUAUCAUACUCCUUCAGUACAUUCCAAGAUUUGCAAGAAUCGUCCCUUUAACAUCAGAACUCAAAAGAACCGCGGGUGUGGUUGCUGAAACCGCAUGGGCCGGUGCUGCUUACUACUUAUUGCUCUACAUGCUCGCCAGUCAUAUAGUUGGGGCGUUUUGGUAUUUAUUGUCUGUAGAACGAAAGGAUACGUGUUGGCAAAGAGCUUGUGAAAGGAAGCAUUUUAAUAAGAAUUUUUUGUACUGUGGGAAUGAACGCAUGGCGGGUUAUGACAGGUGGCACGAUGCGUUGUCGUCAGGGAUUGUUUCUUCCAAAAAGUUUGUUUCAAAGUACUGUUAUUGCCUCUGGUGGGGCCUACAGAAUUUGAGCACACUUGGUCAGGGGCUUGAAACCAGCACUUAUCCUGGAGAGUCUAUAUUCUCCAUUGCAUUAGCAAUAUUUGGGCUCAUUCUCUUUGCUCUUUUGAUAGGGAAUAUGCAGACGUAUCUUCAAUCUCUUACAAUCCGACUUGAAGAAAUGAGAGUGAAGAGACGUGACUCAGAACAAUGGAUGCAUCAUCGAUUACUUCCACAAGAUCUCAGAGAACGUGUGAGACGCUAUGAUCAAUACAAAUGGUUAGAAACGCGAGGAGUUGAUGAAGAAAAUUUGGUUCAGAAUCUACCCAAGGAUCUCAGAAGAGACAUAAAACGUCAUCUUUGUCUAGGUUUAGUCAAGCGGGUUCCGUUGUUUGAGAACAUGGAUGAGACGUUACUAGAUGCGAUUUGUGAACGAUUGAAACCGUGUUUAUACACGAACAAUACUUACAUAGUUCGAGAAGGAGAUCCGGUGGAUGAAAUGCUCUUCAUAAUACGUGGUCGUCUCGAGAGCGCCACCACAGACGGCGGAAGAAGCGGUUUCUUCAACAGCGGGUUUCUAAAAGAAGGAGAUUUCUGCGGGGAGGAGCUUCUAACAUGGGCGUUGGACCCUAAAUCCGGAGCUAACCUUCCGUCUUCCACUAGAACAGUCAAAGCGUUGAGAGAAGUCGAAGCGUUUGCCCUACCGGCCGACGAAUUGAAAUUUGUUGCCGGUCAGUUCCGGCGGCUUCACAGUCGACAGGUACAGCACACUUUCCGAUUUUACUCACAGCAGUGGCGGACUUGGGCGGCGUGUUUCAUUCAGGCGGCCUGGCGGAGGUAUUCUAAACGGAAGAUUUUGGAGCAGCGGCGGAAGGAGGAAGAGGAAGCGGAAUUGGCUGCGCGUAAAAAUGGAGGUGGUGGUGGUGGUGGAAGUUCUUAUAGCCUUGGAGCUACUUUUUUGGCGUCGAGAUUUGCCGCUAAUGCUCUUCGUGGAGUUCACCGGAAUCGGAACCUGAAGAGUGCUCGGGAAUUGAUGAAGUUGCAGAAGCCUCCAGAACCGGAUUUCACUGCAGACGCUGAUUAGUUUGUUGCAUCAUGUGCUUGUACAUUAACAAACUUAUACGUAUGCUUUUAUGAGUUGUAAGGUACAACUUGCUAAUGCAUGUAGGAUGUUAUCUUAUGUAAGGUCGAGGACAUAUUCAGUUAACUAACUUAUUUUACUUUUUCUUACUGAUGUUAGUUAUUUUUUAUAUAUGUUUAUGUAACAAAGGUAAUUUUUUUAUUAAAUUAAAGCUUUUGUUAGAAUAUA